AUGAAUAUCUCAGACACCACUUUUUUCGGUGGAGAACUGAAUAUGACAACUGAAGAUAAUGCCUUAGCCUACGAGUUAAUUCUGAGACAACAAUUGGAAGCGCAUCGGCAGAAAGAAGGUUAGUUAUAUCAAAAUGUUCGCAAGGAUCUGAGGAAUAAGGAGAACUUUUUAGAUUUUCAAAUGGUUUCCUAGUUCCUGAGAAAAAUCCAAAAAACCAUGCGGGCUUGUAGAAAGACGCAUACCGUACCACACACAGGUCUCGUGGCGAUGCGACGAACGAAUUUUUUUUUAUUUUUGGAAAAAAAUUGAGUUUUUUUUUGGUUUGUGUUGGACUUUCUGGGUGGAAAACUGAAAAAACCCAUAAAAUUCUUAUUGGGUAAUAAUGUAGUAAUGACGAGCUCGAUUUUGCACAAAUUUUUUGUUGUUUUUUGGACCGGGGAAAUUCAAAAUUUCUGAAGUUUCCUGAAUCGAAUUUUCCUGUAAAAAACGCUUUACUAUUAUAAUAUUUUUUGCAUGAUUUCAUUGAAAUUCAAAUUUCUUCUUCUUUCAAUUCAAUUCAAUCAAAAUCAAAUUUGAAUAUGAAUAUAAAUAAAUAACUAACUUCUUGUUUCCUGCGAAAACAGGGCUUCCCAAAAAACAUGCAAAAUAUUAUAGAUCACUGGAACAGUCUAGCACGACGUUUUGGAAUAUGCUACAUCGUUUUGGGAAUUCUUGCGAUCAUUGUGAACAUCGUUAUCUUCACAAGUAUUAUUUUACGAAGAAGACACACAUUUUCUCAAGUUUUCUACAUUAUUAUUCUGAAUUUCACGAUUAUCGAUACGAUUAAAGGUUUGUUUAGUUUUUACUUCUUUUUUGCUCCUGAAAACGUUUUUUUUUCGUUCCGUUGGCAAGAAAUUUUAAAGCAAUCAACUGAAAACAGAACAAUGUUUUGUUUUGUUUUUUCAGCUUUGUCUCUGUGUUUUUUCCCUUUUUUUAAGCAAGCUCAAAAACAAAGUUUAUAUAUAAACAAACAGCCGGAAAUACAUAUUUUAGGGGAUUUAUUUAGAAUUCAAGGUUCAAUAGAGCGUGUUUUUGUUGUUUUUAGUGAAUUACUUACUUGAAACAUGCAAGUUUUUUUUUUUUUUUAAUACUUUAGAAAACGCAUUUAGGGCUGUAAAUUACGUAAGGCUUUCGUUAAAUAAGAAAUAUAGUCUUAUAGAACUUGGCUCCCUGAGCACAAUUUACCCAGGGAACACCGCAGCUAAUUUUAAGAACAUCGUGACCAGUGGGUCGAGUUCUGUAAGGCUAUAUUUCUUAUUUACCAGAAGUCUUACGUAAUUUACACCUCUUACUACAUUUUCUGAAGUCGACUUGCAUGUUUCAAGUAAGUAAUCCCCUGAAAACAACAUAAACACGCUCUAUUGAACCUUGAAUUUUAAAUAAAUCCCCUAAAAUAUGUAUAUCCGGCUGUUUGUUUAUAUAUAAACUUUAUCUUCAAGCUAGAGACUACAUAAAACCGCUAUAAAAUGUGUCUUUUUGGACCAGGAACUCUAUAUAGAAAUAUUGUUUUUCAAGGACCCUGCAGAAUACUCUGAAUCAAAGGUCUUAGGUUAAAUAAAUAUUUUUCCGGAAGGAAAGUUGGAAAAAUGUAUUGGGGGUAAAUAAUGAAAAAUGAAAAUGAAGAAGAAGAUUAGGUUGAGAUGAGGUCAUGUGGAAAAAAGUCACGUAUUUAAUGAAAUUAAAUUUUUAUCCUCAUUUCAUUUCUGAAUAUUUCGAAAAUGGGGAUUUGCGAUGGAAGGGAAAAUAAUUUUUUACAAAAAAAUUGGAGAUGGAUUUUUUGAUUUUGGCAAGUUCGAACUAGGCUCAAAUUUCAAAACAAAACCUUUUUUGGUUUUAAAAAAUUCGAAGAAAUACUGAACUCCGGAAAUCUUCCUUGAAAAUUUAGUAAAAUCAAUUUGCAGUUUGCAAAAUUCAUGAAUUUUCUGAAAUUGUCACUUGGAAUUCUUUUCAACUUUUAAUUCUAGAAAAUUGUAUCACUUCAUGUAGUUUUCAAUCUGUUGAUCAUGAUCCCUGAACAUGAGUUAUGACGUGGCAAAGUUCAUUAAUUUUGCCACGUCAUAACUCAUGUUCAGAUUUUCAGCAGAGCAGCAGAAAUCUACAAAAAAUGAUACAAAUUUCUAGAAGUAAAAAGUUGAAAGGGGUCCCUAGGGACAAGUUCAGAGAAUUCAUGAUUUUUGCAAAUUGCUCAGACGCGGAAGCUAUGCCCAAAUUUUCAUUUUGGGCAUUUAAGAAACAUUUUUGGUGAAAAAUGAAGAGUGAGUGUAAUUAAAUAUUAGUAAAUGAAAAUUUUUCAAAUGUUUAUCUUUAAAAACGUGACCUACGUGAAAAAUGAGAUAAAAUUGUUUUGAAAAUUUAUUUUGAAUUCGGGAAUUUUUGGAAAAUAAAUUUGGCCCGACAGGCUUAAUUGGAGAUAAAAAUAAUCUAUUUUUCCAGGAGUCUCCUCAAUUCUAUUCGCAAUCAAACAUGUCACAUCCGAUCUCUCCUCCGAAUCCUCUUGGGCUGUAAUUGUUGAUCAAUACGGCGGAGUCCUCCUCCGCUUCACAAAUCUCACAACAAUCAUGAAUGUUCUUCUAAUAACCCUCAACGAAUUCAUUUUCAUCUGUUAUCCACUUCGUUAUUCCUCAAUUGUCACAAAACAUCGUGUUCUCAUCUCGAUUGUUUCCAGCUGGUUUUUGGCCGCAUUUUUGGUGAUUUUGAAUAUGUGGGCCAGUUUUCAACACAAAACUUUUAUGAUUGAUGACGAGUGCAAAGAAGGUAAGCAAGUUUUAGUUCAAAAAUUCUGAAAAAAACAAAUAAUUUUUUUUCAAUUCUGCAGAAAUGGAAGAAUGUCUCCAAUUCAACAAAUCAUCUCUUUUCAAAUUCUUUUUAUUCCAUUUAAUGUUGGUUGUUUUUUGCCUGACAUGUUUGGCUGUUACAGUUGGAUGCUAUUUGGUUCUAUUCAAGUGAGUUGAACCUGGGUUUUUUGGGAAAACAUUUGGGAUUUGUUCUAUGACGUGGCAAUUUGAAAGGGGGUUGGAUUGUAUGAUUUGAAAAAUAUAAUUUUUUAAUUUUCUAGAUUCGCGGGAAAUUAAAAAAAAUAUUUUGUGAUGUGGUAGUAUUUGACCUAAUUUUGUUCUUCGAAAUUUAAAAAUUUGAAUAAAAAAGUACAGAAUUUUUUUCUUGAUCUAUGACGUGGCAAUCUUCUGCUCUGGGGCCCGUCUAUUUUGAAUACAAUUUUUAAAGGAACAUCAUGGUCUCGAAGCGAUUCCCAGAAGUUUCUCAUGAAAAUAAAUUUUCCCAGAUUUCUGAUGCGCUAAUUCUUCCAAAUCAAACAUCUUGAAUAUUUAACCAACCAAAACACCUCGUGUUUUUUGCGAACUUUACGUAUAUCCUAUUCUUAUUUCUAUAAUUAUAAUUAUACAUAUUGGCUUACUUAAGUAUUAGGUUUCCUACUUAUUUUUGGCUCUGCUCUUUUAGUUAAAAGUGCUCUGGUGACUAAUAUCUAGGGAUUUACUUUAUUUAGUCAAAGUAACACUACCAACUCAUAAUAAUUUUAUUAUGUUUUCCUUCCCUUAUUUUUUGAGUUAUAAGUUAUAUAAUGGAAAACCACAUUUAAAAUGUAUGAGCUUGUUUGUUUUUUGAAAGAAAAUAAGAGGAGGAGGGAGGGAGACAACAGAAACUUGGAAAUGACGCAAAAAGGGGAUCAAAAAUGCGCCAACCUGUGCGAGAAAUGCGUCAGUGUUGAAUUGUAGACGUUAAAACUGCGAGAUUCGUGUUCUAUUAGUCACGGUGAUUCAAAUGACACUGAACACGCUCUAUUUCAGCCAUGCACCGAAAAUGCGUCAAGGGUGACGUAUAGGGGUUGCUGGCGCGUUUUUGGUAGUCUACAGAAAAUAUGGCGUGUUUGGUGUCAAUCAGAUCGGAAUAAUCUUCUCUUUUUCCAGAAUCAUCUCAAAUCUAAUGAAAAGUGAUGCGAAAUUCCAAGCAGAAGUCGAUUUGUUGAACGACGAAAAUCCUCAAGCCAAAAACAUAGCUCGCCGUCGAAAAUACGUGUUAAUGAUUGGAAGUGUUAUCGUAGUUUACACGGUGUUUUUGGUCACUUAUGCUGUUAUUCAAACAAUUCAUGUGAUCAAUAUUAGAAGUCGAAAUUUGAGUGAUGGAAUGAUUACGCUGAAGUUUGUUUGCUAUUUGUUCAUCUCGUUUCAUUCGUUGUUGCAACCAUUUUGUUUUAUGAGAAUGAAAGAGUUUAGGAAUAUUUUGAAGAGGUGAGAAAUCUUAAUUUAAAUCGAAAAAUCUCAAAAUUUCACUUAAAACCUUAAAAUUUUGAUGAACAUUUCAAAAAUCCAAUUGAUAUCAUCGGAAAAAUGCCAAAAUCGGGGCCUGGAAGACCAGAAAUGACCUAGGAAACCAACAACGAAAAAUGUGGCCUAGAAAUCCGAUAAUUGGUUUUCUAGGCCAUAUUUCUAACUUUCCAAUCUUUCAGAACAAUCUGUGGCUGCCUCAAACCCAACAAUCCGGAUUUCCGUCGCUCCUCUUUCCGACCAACUGAAAUUUAA